GCAGCGGCUGCCAAUCCCAGCGGCGAGCGCGUCACACCACUUGGUUCACUUUCAGGCACUCCAGCAAGAGUCGAUUGUCCUGUCUGCCAAACACCCACAACAACUAGAACAUCCAAAGAGGUCGGAGAGAGAGCUUACAUCUGGGGUGCGGUCCUGUGUGUGUUGACGGGUUGCCUGUGCUGGAUCCCAUGUUGCAUGGACGAUUGCAAAGAUACACAUCACACUUGCACCAAUUGUGGACGUCCGCUAGCUACUGUGGCUGCAAAUGGUGGAGUGAAGAUUUCGCCCAAUGCUGCUACUGUCCCAUCACAGUAUGAGAGACGCAACGAGAAUAUGACAGCCACA